AUGUCUUUACCACUUGUAGCAGCAGCUUUAAUUGUGGUUUUAGGAGCUGUUUUGAUAAGGGUUGUGAACUGGGUGUGGAUAACACCAAAGAAGCUGGAGAGGUACCUGAGAAGACAAGGUCUUCCCGGAACUCCUUACACGCCUCUUGUAGGAGAUAUCAAGAAGAAUAUUAAAAUGUUGAUGGAGGCAAGAUCAAAACCCAUCUCUCUAACGGAUGAUGUCAUCCCAUAUCUCCUUCCUCUUGCCUUAAAGAUGUUUUACCCAACAAAGAACAAUAAGAGGAUGAAAGCAAUAGACAAAGAGAUAGACACAAUACUGAGAGGUAUGGUGAGCAAGAGGGAAGAUGGAGAAGCAGAACACAAUGAUUUGUUGGGGAUACUUCUUGAAUCAAGUUCAGAGGAAUCUGGAGGAAAUGGUUUGAGCGUAGAAGAAGUUUUGAGAGAGUGCAAGCUGUUUUAUUUCGCAGGACAAGAGACAACUUCAGUACUCUUGGUCUGGACAAUGGUUUUACUAAGCCAUCACCAAGAUUGGCAAGAACGGGCACGAGAGGAAGUGAGACAAAUCCUCGGUGAUGAUAAUGAUACUAAACCAGAUAUAGAGUCUCUUAGCCACCUCAAAGUGAUGAGUAUGAUCUUCUAUGAGGUUCGGAGCCAUCUCAUCCUCCACAAGCUCUGA